AUGUCUCAAAUCCCGUCAAGAGUCUUGGACGCGGUGGAGGACUAUGUAGUGAUGUUAGUGUCACUCGUUAUGAAAAAUAUAAACGAGGGAGUCCCGUGGGCGCCUGAUGGAGAUCUCGCGCAGAUCAUCGAUGAAGUCAGGAGGAAAUGGGGAAGCGCCAGUCAGGGAGACAUGCCAGACCAAAUUGAAAGGUUGAUAAUUGAUACGUGGUUCACCAAGCAGAUUAUACUCGCCAGAGACAUCUUCUUGGCAACGCUCAGAGACGAUCGAGGCGACAGCGAUGAGAAGGGCAAUUGCGCCUACAUCUUUGAGCAGGGGAAAGAGAGAAGGUCGUUAUGGCGGCUAUGCAUUUGGUGUAUGGACAUGCAUCAAUGGGCGCGUUGUCUCUUGGACUUCGACUCCAAUCGUAGAGACAUCCCCAACGACAAAGCAGAGAUUCUAGGCGAGCUGCUCAAAUAUACGGAAGAGUACUCCCGAGAAGACGGAACGGUAGAGCAAAACCUGCGAGGAAAUCUCCUCGAUGAAUGCGAGACGGCGUUCAAAAGAUACGGCUGGAAGGAUUUCACUAGACAGGAACAACCCUUUGCAGAGACCCCAGCCGAGACUUCGAUCAACACCGAAGGGGCCUCGAGUAGAUCUGGCGCAGCCGACAACAGCUACGCUCACUCAGGCGGGGUACAGGCAAACCCAGCGGGCCAAGAGGUCACCACCCGGUCAUCCUUCACGCACUCAAGACCGUUCUCUACUCGCGGCACCUCCUUUAGGCGUAGUCCCAGAUGA